AUGACCGAGGCUGGGUUGUCCUCUAUCAUCAACGUCAUAUACGAAUGGGCCAUAUCUGGUUUUGGCUGGCUUUGCCGAUUGUUUGAGGAUCUUGACAAGCUGGUCUCGACCUCGAAUCGCCCAGCGACGAUUUUCGAGUCGAAGAAGGAGUUGAUUUCGCAGCACAUCCUGACUAUUCACGCAUACUAUUGGGUUCCUGAUACGCAAGAGUCGUGGAAAUUCAAGAUCCUUGUGCUUCACUAUUGUCCCGAAUAG